GAAGAUUGUCCCCCGGCCUUACGAAGUCUGAUUUAAAACAAGUUCUUAUUAUUAGAGUACCUAGGAAGGUCCACCUUCGUACGUUCAUUGUUGAUCAUUGUUCUGAAUCUUGAUGAAAGAUCAAGUUUGACUAAUAAUUGUACCUGGCUCACUAAGAAAAUUGAGACUCUUUAAUAAACACUGAAGUUCCCUCUUCCGUGUUCCACUACAUUUGCACCUCUCAUUCUCUACACCACGCUCUUUACAACCCAUCUGGGCAGACAUUCGCUUGCAGGAUAUUGAAAAAUGCGUACCGCUACCUUGGUUGGUCUAUUGACCGCAUCGGCAACUUCUCAUGCUUUGAAAUACACCGUCCCUACCAGCCUCAAGGCUACAGCCGUGGACUGUGUUUAUCCGGCCAACUAUACAGUUUCCGACUUCACCGUCUUCACAGACGUAGUCGACAGCACUAAAAACAUCACAUCGUUCUCUUUUGCCGACGCAGGCACUGGAAUCAACACCACGUGUAGUCACAAUUCGACUUCAAAGCCAAGUUCUGUAGGCACGAACCGAUGGCCUUGCGACAAUUCCAAUGUCUCGUUCAUCUACCAGACGACUGGAAUUGCUGGGUUGACCUUGGUCGAAGUGGCGUGCCCUGGAAGCACUCCCCAGUUCGAAGCCUCUGGUCUUAUCACACCUAACCUCACCUGUACGAAUUCAAGCUCGGCCUCGACGUGCGUAGCCAAGCAAUCUCCUAUCUUGGGAGAGUUUGACAGCUUUGAACCUGCACCUCCCUCUUAGACUAAUGAGUUAGCUAAAUUAGCAACUUGACUGCAAGGGAUAUCGAGGGAUUCAUCAGCUCUAUAAUGGGAAUAAACUAAUGAUAGAUGGCUAUAAUCUGCAAUGAACAUUAUUAGGAAAACUUUAUUUGACAUAGAGAACGAGCAAUGGGUAGAUGGCCUACCUACAUAGGUAGACAUGCAUAUACAUACAUGUAUUGUAAUUAAUCGAAGUUAAAUCUAGAUAUUCCCGUGACGUAUUUCGCUU